AUGUUUGAUAAGACAAGGGUUAUUGAAAAUGCCAACAUAUUGUGGCCUGCUUUAAUGGAUAUGUCGAGUGCAGAUUGUCAUCGAUUACUUCGACAGAACGAAAUUGAAGCGUACUCGAAAGUUGUUUCCGCAUUUCGAGCACAAGGCCUGUUUACGAGUGAGAAGAAGUCAGUGCUUUCUUCUCUUCGGCGUUUACUUAACAUCUGCGGCGAUCGUCAUCGUGCGGAGGUUAGGCGAGCCGUCAAUGAUGAUGAGCUUGCCACAAUUUCGGAAUGCGUCUCUGGUAAAAGAACUGAUGACAGUUGGUGUUUCGAAGGAAGACGUAUCACUCCAAUCAUUCAGCGCGGCGUUCCUCAGACUGCAUUUUUACUUGAUGCAGAUGACGUUGCUAUUAAAAUAGCAUCAUUUAAAUUUAUGAUGCCAAAUAAGAGCAAAAAACUCUCAAUUACCGCUGAUUGCGCACAAACCAAUGAAAAGGCUGAGAGUGUUUCAUUUGCUGAAGCGGUUGAAAACGCUAAUAAAGUUAAAAAUGUCGAGGAUGUACCAAAUACUGAUGUUGCCAUUGCAGAUAUGCCUAAAUGUGUAUCAAACGAAGAUGUAACUGAUGAUACUCCAAUUGUUCCGGAAGCUGCUGUAGAAGUUACUUGCGAAGCCGAUGCCACACAGAAACCGAAACUUGUUUCCACGGUAAUUGAGGAGAAGGCAAGCCUCAUUGCCGAAUUACCCGUGGAGCAAUUUUCUAAAGAUAAGAUGCAAUCUUCAACCUCUUUUCAAUUGGAUGAGAAUGCUCCACAUAGCCCACCGCUUGUUAAACAAAUACCUAUCAUUCAAUCCGUGAUCUCUGGUUUUAAAAGAUCCCACUCGGUCUUGGAAUCACCUGAUUCUAUGAGCUCUUCACAAGCCAAAUUGCCUUUAUCCACAAGCUCUUUCGAAGCAGCUAAAAACGGGGGGAAUGUUCCCUUUAUUUCCACUACUCGUAAUUUUUUAAUUCGACCAAAUACUCUCCAUAUUCCCACCAACUCAAUAUCUAAACCUUUGUCUCAAGGUAACCAAACGAAUAAGGUUCAGUGUUCGUCUAACCCUGUGUUACCAAUUCCAACAAUUAAUCGAUCUAGUCCUUCGUCAACGUUUACUUCAACUCCAACUCUGACUACCUUUGUGAUGACAGGUUCUUCUGGUCCCACCGCUAUCAUUUCUCAAUCUUCGAAUAAUGCCUCGAGGGUUUUUAAAAACUACUCCACUGUGAUAUCCUCUAAUCAGCAACAACAGCAGAAUUCCCUAAUUUCCUCUUCUGCUUCUGAGAACAGAAAGGUGCAUUCAGCUCAUUCCAUUAUUGUCCAAUCUUCCCAACUGAGUAAUCCAAAACCUCUCCAAACCACUAAUUCUUCAGCACCUAGAAAUGUGUACUUUGUUCCACAAGGUCCAGUGAAUCGUUUAGUGACUUCUAGUUCUACUGUAGGAAGUACUAAUCAACCCUCCACAAGUCGUCCUUUGCGUAUCCUGCCUGUGAACAACUCUCUGAUCACCACUUCAAAGACAGCGACAAAUAUGCAUGCCAAUAGUUCCACUCUCGGCCCCCUCCUAACAUCUGCCAACUUACCUUCUAACUAUCAGAACCAGCAAAAUAACUCUGGAGUUUGCGGGGAUUCUGAAUUACCCUCGCCUGCAGUCAGUCUUGUAAAGGUGGCAGCAGCGCCGGUGAACAUAGGUUAUUCCCCUUGUGUAGGUAGCCUCUUAGUAAAUUCCCCUAGCGUAAACAUCUCAGCGACAAAUCAGCAAGUCAAUUCUUCAAGUCAGUUAGUGAAUAUGUUGGACCCGAAGCGACCUCGACUUGCCUUCAUGUCUACAGCCUCACCAUCCACUAGACAAUAG